AUGGCGGUGACCACCCGAAGUGGCAUUCAAAUAGUUGAUCCACCUAUGCCAGAACUUGAGGAUAAUGUGCACGACGUGGUUGUUAUUAAGGAUGAAACAAAUAGCAAAAUCGAGGAAGAAGAAGUAGGCGAAGAACCAAGCACCAAACAUCCUGAAAAAGGAGAUGCAAAGCAUGAUGAGAAAGAAGGCAAUGUAAAAGACGUUGCUCCAACUCCAAUUCCAAUACCUCCUCCUCCUUUUCCUCAAAGAUUGAAGAAAAAGGCCGAAGAUAGAAAAGGCGCUAGAACAAAUGCUGAGUUAUGCCAAGUUUAUGAAGGAUCUUGUCACAAAGAAGAGAACGACAUACCUAUUGAAGAGAGGUUGGGUAUUGAAGCUCUAGCUUCCUUCAUCAUGAACUUUGAUAAAGAUAACAUUGGAGAAUAUGAUGAGAUCGUUUUUUCACUAAAUGGCCUUGGGAAUUUCAAUCACGCACCCAAGAGACUCGACUUAGACUUGAAGAUUAGAGCAACCCCGCCUUUGAAGCCAUCCAUCGAGGAACCUCCAACUUUUGAACUCAAAGCACUACCAUCUCACUUGCAAUAUGCAUUCUUGGUACCAAACAACAUGUUGCCGGUCAUAAUAGCUAUUGAUCUUCACCAAAAGCAAGUAGAAGCUCUUACAUCUAUAUCGAGGCAUUUCAAAAGAGAAAUAAGGUGGUCCAUAGCUAACAUCAUUGGCAUACUAAUGGGCAUAUGUACUCAUAAAAUCCAACUCAUGUCGGAUUUCAAACCAAGCAUUGAAUACCAACGAUGUCUCAACCCACCUAUACAAGAGGUAGUCAAAAAGGAGAUCAUCAAAUGGUUAGAUGCUAGAGUUGUUUAUCCAAUCAUAUAUAGUAAUUGGGUAAGUCCUGUCCAAUGUAUACCAAAAAAGGGUGGUAUUACUGUGGUGCCAAACACAAAGAAUGAACACAUUCUAAUGAGGCCUGUCACCGGUUGGAGAGUGUGUAUGGAUUAUCUCAAACUCAACUCAUGGAUUGAAAAAGAUCACUUUCCAAUACCUUUCAUGGAUAAGAUGCUCGACUAUCUCGCUGACAAAGGUUGGUACUAUUUUCUUGAUGGAUAUUCAGGCAAUAAUUAG